AAUCAGCAGCCGGAAUCGAUAACCGAACUGCAGCAACAAUUACGGGAAAAGGAUAUGAAACUGACUGACAUCCGGUUGGAGGCGCUGUCGUCAGCCCACCAGCUGGAACACCUGAAAGAGACCAUGAACAGAAUGAAGAACGAAAUGAUGUCAUUGAAAGUGGAGAAUGAUCGAAUGCAGCAGAUGAUAAACCAACGUGGAUUAAUACCGCAACAACAACAACAACAACUAUUAUCAUCACCAUCGUCAACAACGGCAACAACUCUAUCGUCAUCAUUAUCAUUAUCGUCGUCGACAUCGCUAUCAUCCCCAACUGCCUCUUUCUUGCCAUCAUCUUCAUCAACGAACUCCAUAGCAACGACCAUUAGCAAAGACCAACGGCUAUCUUUAGAUCCCUCAAGCUAUGAUUUAUUGCUAAUGGACUCUGGAAGGAGGGAAUCUCAGAGGAUAACACUAUCCGUACGCAGAUCCGGAUUCAAUACAAACAGCGAUUAUACAGAUGAGAUAUUAAUAAGUACCAUUCAAGUCAGUGGGGGAACAACAUGGACUUCCCUUAUGACGUCAGUCAAGAAUAAUUUCAAGGACUACUUGGUGCGUCUAGACUCGCAGACGUGUCUGGGUCUGGGCGGGGAGAGCGUAUCUGACCUUCACAUCGCUGAUGUCACGUGGUCUCCAAGUCAAGAAACAUCGCCAGAGUUGCUGCCGUGUGGCUACCUCGUCGGCGAUAACACGAACGUUUCUGUGGCUCUCAGAGAUUCAAGAGACGGAUCAGUGGAUUCCCUAUCCUUCGAGAGCCUCAUCCCAAAAAGCAUUCUACAGCGAUAUAUUUCCUUAAUGGCGGAACACAAAUGUGUUGUUUUCUAUGGCUCUUCUGCGGUCGGCAAGAGUUACUUGGCUCGAAAACUCGCUCAACAUCUUGUUCUCAGUUCUGGAAAAGAAAUGAGACCGUCCUCAAUAUCCACCUUGCAAGUGAACCACAGUUCGCAGGAGGAUCUGCGGCAGUAUCUCAACAAGAUGGCGGUCAGUCGGGAUCGGAACUCCACGGAUCUGCCGGAAGUGAUCAUUUUGGAUGACUUGCAUCACGUGACUUCCUUUUGUGACGUGUUCGACAAUUUCUUGAACGGAAAUAAACUAGAUUGGCCUUACAUCAUUGGGACAACGAGGGGAUCUCCAGACAAUAUCAGCAACACGAACGCACCCAACUUUCAACUCCAUCGAAACGUCUGCUUCAUCCGGUACACCACCAACACCGAACCUGUGAAAAACUUUCUAGAAAGAUUCCUUAAAAGAAGGUGGCUGGAGGUGCAGUUGAAGCCACAACUGACCAUCUCAUCCAUACACGAGAACCACGGAAAAGAGACAGCAACCGUCCUCGAAUGGCUACCGAAAUUAUGGAAGCAUCUGAAUAAAUUUAUUGAAGAGCAUAGUUCAAAUGAUGCUGCUAUUGGACCUCAUUUAUUCCUAGCCUGUCCAAUGGAUUUUGUUCAGGCGGAGGCCUGGUUCUUGAAGCUGUGGAACUUUAAACUCUUGUCUUACAUGACGCAGACCGUCAGAGAUGGUUUACAGACAUACGGGGUCCGUGUUCUGUGGGAAGAUCCAGCUGGGUGGGUCGUCAGGACCUCACCAUGGACCGCCCUCCAUGCUACCCCUUCAUUACCUGUUACCUCAAAAUCCACCAACAUUAGUUCCAACACCGCUCUGAACAGUUCUGCUGCCGACACCUUCACGUCUUCCCACAAUGUUGCCACGAGCGGGGAUGACAAAACAUGGCCACAAUUACUCAGAAUUAGGCCGGAAGAAGUCGGUUAUGACGUCAGCAAAAUGAACCUUAACUGCAAGAACGGAAAUGACAUUAAUCAAAACAACGGCCACGACCACGGUGACGUCAUUUCUCUCAACACAAAAACAUACAACGUCAGCAGUGGACAUAUAACUGAAGUGACAUCACUCAUUCCAGAAGUUAACGUGACAUCCGGCGAUGGUGGUGAUGAUGAUGAUGGUUGUUAUGAUAACGAUCAAGAUAAUGAUAAUAAUGUUAAUGAUUUAUCAUAAAUUGUUCUGUAUGGAUGUAUUUAAGAAGAAUUUUUGUAGAAGAAUUUUAAUUGAAUGUAUGAAAGAUAACACAAUUACGAUUGCAGAUCAAAUGAAGCGACAAACGAAUUUGAAGUAUCACUUUUUGAUUCAGUUUUAAUGAAUUUGUUUAUUGAAUUGUUAAUUUAAUAGUUUUAAUUAUCAAAAAAAUGCCUUAAAUAUGUAAAUUUAAGAUAAGACAUUAGCAGCAUAGUUUUAAAGUGUGUAUUAUUUUUAUAGUGUAUGUUUUUGUAUUUCAUAUCGAUUUAUAUGUGUAUUUGUAUGUACGCCGUACGUAUGUUUGUGUUUUAUACUCAAAAUUGUGUGAAUGGUUGUACAUAUACAUUAAGAAUGUAGGAGAGAGACAACAUAACCAUUUUAUAAAAAAAACUGUAUUAAAAACACACACACACACACACACACACACACACACACAUACAUACAUACAACUACACAUACAACUACACAUACCAGUAAAAUAUUGUAAACUACACCACACACGACCAAUUCAAAAUACAAUAACAUACAAGUGACUCUAAACUGGACCAAUUCCGACAACAUGGAACAAAUUGUGGCGUCUUCUCUUUCUUUCUUUCUGCUUUUUCACUAAUCUGUCUAAAAGUUCUAUGAAUCGGAACUUUGGAAAUUAAAUUAUGAUUAAAUUAUUAUUAUUUGUAUUCGAAGUAUUAAAUUUAUGAUUGAAAACUUACUUGAUGAAUACUAAUUACUCCUUAUUGAAACCUCACAUUACUAAUGUUACCUCGUAAGAUUUCAGUAUUCAUUCGUUUUUUAUCUGCUUAUUUGUUCAUUCAUUCACUCACUCAUUCAUUCAUUCAUUCAUUUGUUUCUCAUUCACUUAUUUACUCAAUAAAACAGUAAUACAACAUAAUUAGAGUAAAAUUUUACAUUUUUUGUAUUUAUAUAGCGUAACAUUCGCCGUGUGAAGAUGAUGCGUGAUGCUGUCUUA